CCGCUCCAGUUGUGGGACAUGACGCCGCGCAGGACACACGUAGUGAAAAUAUCUAUUGGUGUUCAGUAAAAAUGGCUACCGCUUCUUCUGAAUUGCAAGCUCCCGCAUUGAGCGAGGAAAACAGUGAAACGCUUACAGAAAAGACCAAGGAGGAAAAGCAACCGGACACCGAUACAGAUGAACCGGGUGUUAGCAGCGUAGACGCACUGCUGAACAUGGAAGUAAGGGUAGCGGAAUGCGGGCAAGACGGAGAAGAAGGGGACGUGAAACCUGCUGCAGAGGCAGAUGAGGCUGCGGAAGCGGUGGUGGUGGUGACAGCGGCGACAACAGUCGCAGCAGCAACAGGGGUCGCGGAUGAUGAUGAUGAUGAUGAAGAAAAGACGGUGGGAUGCAAACUUGUUAAAACAGAUGAGAAUUGCUCGGACUCUACGAAACAGAGUAGCCUAGUGGGCGGUGGUGAGACUAGCGAGACAGUUAAAGAUACGGUGAAGGAAAUAGAAAGUAAACCAGAAGAACAACGAGAGCAGAGCCAGUCGCCUGUUACAGUCAGUGACUGUGUGUUAAAAAGCAAAGUCCGUGACGAUGCUCCGGUGCCCGGAGAGGAGAAAACAAGCACCCGAGGUGGGGACCGCGAGGAGCUUGCGGUGGAAGACAAGCGGAGGGCCAGCGUAGAGAUGUCAUCCUCGGACGGAGAGCCGCUCAGCCGGAUGGAUUCAGAGGACAGUAUCAGCAGUACCCUGAUGGACAUGGAGAGCACGGUUUCCAGCGGACGUUCCACCCCUGCCAUGAUGAACGGGCAGGGCAGUGCCGCCCAGUGCCACUCCAGUACCAAGAGCCAGGCAGUGGGGAACAGCUGCUGCUGGGACCAAUGUGGCCUCUGCUUCCCCUGCAGCCCUGACCUGGCUGAACACAUCAGGGGCCUGCAUGUCGACGGACAGAGAGGAGGGGUGUAUGUGUGUCUGUGGAAGGGCUGUAAGGUGUACAACACUCCGUCCACCAGUCCAAGCUGGCUCCAGAGACACAUGCUGACACACAGCGGAGACAAACCAUUCAAGUGUGUGGUGGGGGGCUGCAAUGCCAGCUUUGCAUCUCAGGGGGGGCUAGCGCGCCAUGUGCCCACCCACUUCAGUCAGCAGAGCUCCUCUAAGCUGUCCGGUCAGUCGAGACUCAAGGAAGAGUCUCCCUCUAAAGCUGGGCUUACUAAGAGGAAGAAACGAACGCAGAUGAACAAACGCAGGCGCUCGCUACUGUCUCCUCUUCCACCAGCGAGACCUCAUGAUUUCUUUGACGCCCAGACCAUGGAUGCCAUCAGACACCGGGCCAUCUGCCUCAACCUGGCUACACACAUGGAGAGCACCGGCAACGGACACAGUGUGGUGUUUCAUAGCACGGUUAGUAAACCACUUAAGAACACUUGGUCCUGCUACAACACUCCACAAGGCCGAGUGGAUCUCGGAAUCCCAAAUCAAGCCCCUUGGUACCUUGGAGAUCUGAGAGGAUUGGAUAGGUGUUAGCAAUAUGUGACUCACCACCUGGAUUCAGUCCAAUGGAGAGCGACUCAGCAAUGCAAAACGGUAUAUCAUACACUGCAGGUGAGAAACAAUAGCAAUAUGUGAGUAGAAGUACAUCACAUCUGACAGUAGUAGUAGUAGUAGUAGUAGUCCAUCACAUCUGACAGUAGUAGUAGUAGUCCAUCACAUCUGACAGUAGUAGUAGUAGUCCAUCACAUCUGACAGUAGUAGUAGUAUUCCAUCACAUCUGACAGUAGUAGUAGUAGUCCAUCACAUCUGACAGUAGUAGUCCAUCACAUCUGACAGUAAUAGUAGUAGUAGUAGUCCAUCACAUCUGACAGUAGUAGUAGUAGUAGUA